AAAGUCCGCGUUUUUCACAAAAAACGGUAAUUUCCCGCUUUAUAAUCCUGCUAAACAACCAAGCUAACCAAACUCCAAGCGGAGAUGAACGUUUUCAUAUUGAAAGACUCAUAAAGCAACGGAAGUUGGUUUACAAUUUAACGCCUACUUGCCCUUCUUCAUCGAGCUAGCAAUGCUAGCUACCUACUAGCAUAGCCAGAUGAAAUGCAACUUUAGCUAGCUGGUGGUGAAUUUAUGCAAUUAACUAUGGCUAUGAUUAUGCAUUUUUAUUAUCAACAAAGUAAAUGUUUGAAGAAACAAAAGUGUCAGUUCCUAGCUGGUAAUUAUUGUCACCGUUUGUUAUUGUUGCAUGUAGCUAGCUACUAUUCAACAUAUUUUCUCCAUUCUGCUGCAUUCAGCUGGCCCCUCCACUGCCUGUCACCAUGCCUGCUCUGCUGGACAGACCGAAGCUGUCCAACGCUAUGGCCAGAGCCCUCCACAAACACAUAAUGAGAGAAAGGGAGCGUAAAAGACAAGGUGAGAUAUCACAAGGCAUGGCUUGACUACAGCAUUCCUCAUCAACCGUAACUGGAAGCCUGAUUUGGUUCUACAAUUAUCUAGUUGGAAUUGGUGCACAUUAAUCGUCGUUCUCAAGGUGAUCUCUUUUCUUCCUAAUCUCAGAGGAGGAAGAAGUGGACAAGAUGAUGGAGCAGAAGAUGAAAGAGGAAGAAGAGAGAAAGAGAACAAAAGAGAUAGAGGAGAGGAUGUCCUUGGAGGAGACCAAAGAACAGGUCAGAGAGUCAUGCCAACAUACAAACAGAUGGAGAUCAAUCAGAUAAAUAACUUGAUCACCUUAACCCUCUCUCCCUCUUCCUCCUCACAGGUGAUGAAGAUGGGGGAGAAACUGCAGGGACUUCAGGAGGAGAAGCAUCAGCUCUUCCUCCAGCUGAAGAAGGUCCUGCACGAGGAGGAGAAGAGACGCAGGAAGGAGCAGAGGUGAGAGGAAAGGAGCCUCAAUGACUCCUCGGGUGCAUCUCAAUAGUCUAAGUGGCUUCCUCUCCUUGUCUUCUUUCCUUAAUAUUUACAGAUAUGGAAACAGUUUAGGUGAAAGCAGUUUGGAUGCCUGGAUGUGUCUAGAAAUGUGCUUUCACCGGUCAAGCUUCCUUAACGUACAAUGUCCUUCUUCUUCUUUUUUAAGGCACAUUAAAUCCCAUAUAUUACUAUUGUUGUUAUUAUUAUAGCGUUAGUGUAGGUGUAGAAAAGGAGUCAAGGUCAAGGAUCCACUUUAGAUUAUUGAAAUGCAACCCUCCCAGUUUGGAUUUGGUAUGUGAUUGUAGUAAGGCUAUAGAUAUCAGGAUUUGCUGAUUGUUUUGAAUUCUCCUGUCAGAUAUCUCACCUGUUUUUACCUCCCCUGCAGUGACAUCACAACACUGACGUCCGCCAGCUACCAGCCCAGUCUAACCAUGCACACAGGACAGCAUCUCCUUAACAUUCAAGGUAAGGCUACACCUGUUCAUAAGUACAAUCUCCUUAUCAAUUACAUAAUAAUCAUAAUAAUAUGGUCAUCUACCAGACCUUUUGAUUUUCAAUAUAUGUGGCACAUUGUUUCUCUCCACAAAUGUCUUCAGUGACUUCACUGACACCUGUCACUUCACUAUACUCCUCCCUCAUCCCUUUUUUUGUUCUCUCUUCCCUCUGUCAGGCAGUCCAGUCAGUCACAACAGGGCCGGGGGUCUGAUGUCGGAGCGCAGUAAGCAGUUGUUUCCAACACCGGUCAUCCCGGUGAGUGGCAACUGGCGGGCCCUCUGCAUGUGUAAUACCUUAUCUAACCACUGGAGAUCUUUCUAUGAAGCACACUUUUCAUUUACAUUUACGUCAUUUAGCAGACGCUCUUAUCCAGAGCGACUUACAAAUUGUGUCUGAGCAGAAAUAUGGUCAAUAAAGGGAGUUCCAGACAUCACUAUUCGGCCCAAGCUGGAAUCAAAUCCUUAACUCUGUAGUUCCAAACACCACGCCCCUACCCACUGAGCCAUAGAAAAUGUCAAUGAUGCCAACAGACGCAUAACCCAUGCUCUGUGUGAUUUGCUUAGAGUGACCGUUUCACUCUCCUCGCUCCACAGGGCCGUCACUACCAGAACCAGGCUGGGUUCAGUGCGGGCCCGGCGGAGCACGGACAGUUUGGGGGCAGUCAGUCGGUCCACGAGAGCUACGGCGUGGCCCAGACACAACACCCCUCCACCUACGCCCCCGGCCCCUCUGUACCUGUCAGCUUCGCCAGCAGCUCCCAGAUCAGAGGUAGGAUGUGUGUUGAGUGCGCCAAAGUGAAUAUAGUUUUCUAUUUCUAUUAGUGUGAGAUUUUUAUUUGAAAUUCAGUUUAGUUUCAUUUCAUUUUCAGACCUGAUUUGCUAGUUUUUUAUUUAGUUUUAGUUGUAUAAAAUAUUUAGUUUUUAUUUUAGUGUUAUGGAGAAGGCAUAUUAUUGGGAGGCUAGGAGCCAUUUGUGUUGAAUAGUUUGUACAAAUAUUGCCACUGGGGGGUUGUAAUACUUAAGGUGAUGGGUCAGGUCAUAGGUUAGGUUUGAAUUAUAAAGUCAAUCUCGAUGUGACUUGGUUUUAAAAGGAAUAGCACUGUGAUUGGUGCAAAAAAUAUGGUGGCAAUAUUUUAUAUUUCGGAGUCAAAUAUAAUAAUUUCAGUAUAGUUUUAGUUUUUCAAAUGGGUUUGUUAAUUUAUUUAUUUCAGUUUACUAAAUAGUUUUUUCAUGAUUAGAUUUAGUUUACUAUAAUAACCUUGGUUUAAUGUUUCCUUAAACUAUUAAUGUCCAUAACAGACAUUUUUAAAUGCCCUUAGGUAGGGGAGAGUGGGAUAGGUUCAGCCAUUUUUUACAUUCGUCAUCACUCCGUCAAGGGAAAUAUAGUAUUCUUUCUAACAAAGAUAUCUAUACUGAACAAAAAUAUAAAUGCAACAUGCAACAAUUUACAAGUUACAGUUCAUAUAGGAAAUCAGCCAAAUUUGAAUAAAUUCAUUAGGCCCUAAUUUAUGGAUUUCACAUGACUGGGAAUACAGAUAUGCAGCUGUUCGUCACAGAUAUCUUUAAAAAAAAUGUGGCCUCACAAUGGGCCUCAGGAUCUCGUCACAGUAUUUUUUUGCAUUCAAAUUGCCAUUGAUAAAAUGCAAUUGUAUUCGUUGUCCUUCUACCCCCCCCCCCCCCCCCCCCCCCCAAAAAAAAAUUGUAAAGUGGUUAUCCCACUGGCUAUAGGGUGAACACACCAAUUGGUGAGUCGCUCUGGAUAAGAGCGUCUGCUAAAUGACGUAAAUGUGCCCUUGAGCAAGGCACUUAACCCUAAUUGCUCCUGUAAGUCGCUCUGGAUAAGAGCGUCUGCUAAAUGACUAAAAUGUAAUGUAAAUGUAAAUGCUUAUGCCUGCCCAUACCAUAACCCCACCGCCACCAUGGGGCACUCUGUUCACAACGAUUACAUCAGCAAACCGCUCGCCCACACAACGCCAUACACAACGCCAUACACAUGGUCUGCGGUUGUGAGGCCGGUUUGAUAUAGUGCCAAAUUCUCUAAAACGACGUUGGAGGCAGCUUAUGGUAGAGAAAUUAACAUUCAAUUCUCUGGCAACAAAUCUGGUGGACAUUCCUACAGUCAGCAUGCCAAUUGCACACUCCCUCAAAACUUGAGACAUCUGUGGCAUAGUGUUGUGUGACAAAGCCGAACAUUUUAGAGUGGCCUUUUAUUGUCCCCAGCACAAGGUGCACCUGUGUAAUGCUCACUAACAGGGAUGUAAACAAAUUUGUGCACAACAUUUGAGAGAAAUACGCUUUUUGUGCAUAUGGAAAAUGUCUAGGAUAUUUUAUUUCAGCUCAUGAAACAUGGGACCAACACUUUACAUGUGUUUUUAUAUUUUUGUUCAGUAUACAUGUAUUUCAGGAUGUUGUGUAUCCCUGGAAAUAAUCAGAAUUCAUGUAAACAUUACAGUUUUGUAAACAUAGCUUUAAGUCGCUCUGGAUAAGAGCGUCUGCUAAAUGACUAAAAUGUAAAUAGCUUGUCCAAAAUAAGUGGUCUCUUGGCUCAACUUACCCCGGGUAUGGGGUAAAUUGAAUCGUAGGACAGGGUAAGUUAAGCCACCUACACAUUUCUGUACUGAAUGAAAUAUUACAACUACCUUUUUAAAACCAUGUCUAUCUUUAUAUACAGUGUAGUACAGUGCAUUCAGAAAGUAUUCAUACCUCUUGACUUAUUCCACAGUUUGUUGUGUUACAGCCUGAAUUCAAAAUGUAUAAAAAACAUGUUUAGAAAUAUGUUAUUUACAUAAGUAUUCACACCCCUGUGUCAAUACUUUGUAGAAGCACGUUUGGCAAUGAUUACAGCUGUGAGUCAUUCUGGGUAAGUCUCUAAGAGCUUUCCCCACCUGGAUUGUGCAAUAUUUUCCCAUUAUUCUUUUCAAAAUUCUUCAAGCGCUGUCAAAUUGGUUGCUAGACAAUCAUUUUCAGGUCUUGCCAUAGAUUUUCAAGUAGAUUUAAGUCAAAACUGUAGCUCGGCAACUCAGGAACAUUCACGGUCUUCUUGGUAAGCAACUCCCGUGUAGAUUUGGCCUUGUGUUUUAGGUUAUUGUCCUGCUGAAAGGUGAAUUCAUCUCCCAGUGUCUGGUGGAAAGUAGACUGAACCAGGUUUUCCUCUAGGAUUUUGCAUGUGCUUAGCUCCAUUCUGUUUAUUUUUUAUCCUGAAAAACUCCACAGUCCUUAAUGAUUACAAGCAUAGCUAUAACAUGAUGCAGCUACCACUAUGCUUGAAAUUAUGGAGAGUGGUAAUUAGUAAUGUGUUGUAUUUUCAGGACUAAAAGGGUAUUGCUUUGCCACUUUUUUUUUUUGCAGUAUUACUUUAGUGCCUUGAUGCAAACAGGAUGCAUGUUUUGGAGUAUUUGUAUUCUGUACAGGAUUCCUUCUUUUCACGCUGUCAAUUAGGUUAGUAUUUUGGAGUAACUACAAUGUUGUUGAUCCAUCCUCAGUUUUCUCCUAUCACAGCCAUUAAACUCUGUUUUAGUCACCAUUGGCCUCAUAAUGAAAUCCCUGAGAGUUUUCCUUCCUCUUCGGCAACUGAGUUAGGAAGGAUGCCUGUAUCUUUGUAGUGACUAGGUGUAUUGAUACACCAUCCAAAGUGUAAUUAAUAACUUUACCAUUCUCAAAGGGAUAUUCAAUGUCUACUUUAAAUUUUACCAAUCUACCAAUAGGUGCCCUUCUUUGCAAGGCAUUGGAAAACCUCCCUGGUCUUUGUGGUUGAAUCAGUGUUUGAAAUUCACUGCUCGACUGAGGGACCUUAAAGAGAUAAUUGUUUGUGUGGGGUACAGAGAUGAGGUAGACAUUAAAAAAUAAUGUUAAACAUUAUUAUUGCACACAGUGAGUCCAUGCAGCUUGUUAUGUGACUUGUUAAGCACAUUUUUACUCCUGAACAUAUUUAGGCUUGCCAUAACAAAGGGGUUGAAUACUUAUUAACUCAAGACAUUUCAGCUUUUCAUUUGUAAUUCAUUAGUUUAAAACAAUUCUGAAAACAUAAUUCCUCUUUGACAUUACAGGGUUUUGUGUGUAGGCCAGUUACAAAAAAAUCUCAAUUUAAGCUAUAACACAGCAAAAUAUGGAAAAAGUAAAUGGUUGUGAAUACUUGCUGAAGGCACUGUAUAUGUUUUUAAACAGUUUAAUUCUGAAAUGUAUUUUUUUUUAAAUACAUAUGCUGUCCAUUUGAAUUAUUUUUUCAAAUGUUCUCAAUCAUAACUUUGACACUGGAGGUAUGAUAGAGAAUGACAAUCUUAAAAUGUCAAUGUGGCCUGUCUCGACACUUGUACUAACUAUGUUGACACAAUUUCAUGAGUUUACACCAAACAGAAUUUGUUCUGUGGCACAUUGAUAUUGUACUAAAUAUAGUAAAGGAUGUGAAUGGGUUAAUACCCAAUCGGAUUGUUUCUGUCUCCUGUCUAGGUGUGUCUGCAUUCCAGGCAAUGCAGUACCUCCCUCAUCAGCAGCCAGGCUAUGCUGUUCACAGCCACUUCACCUCCCAGCCUGGAUUCAUCCCUGGUGCUGGAAUACCCCUUCAGAAGCAGUUGGAACAUGCCAACCAACAGUCUGGCUUCACUGACGCGGUAAGAACACUGCUCAGACAGAUAGGGGGAAGACUUAGUUGUGAAUAUGUUUGAAUGUUUAAGUGCUUAGUGCACAAAUGUAAAUUUAAAUCUGAGUUGUCCAUUAUACUCACUCUUACCUCUUGUCCUUUCCCUAAAUUCCUCGUGUUCUUCCAGGGUGCUCUGAGACCCAUGCACCCCCAAGCCCUCCAUGCGUCCGCUGCUGGCCCACUCCCCACCCCCUCCAUGGCUGUCCAGAUCCCCACUCCCAAGGUACACCUCAUACCCCCUCCCUAUCCCACAUCAUACUGUUACUGCCCACUGUUGAUCCAUCACCCCCAUCAGAAAUAUGAGUGCCUCUGAAAGAGGUUGUGAAAAAGUUGGUUAUUGCUUUACGCAUGCUCUAUAUUGAAGCAUAGAUUGAAAAGUGAUUGUAUUUUUGUUUUCUUGCACAAUUUGUCCAAGCUCUCAUAGCCAAAGCCAGAGGAAAACCAGUGUGAAUCUUGAGUAUGAAAUAAUCUUAACAGUGAACGCAAACAUCUUUGUGUCAACUGUAAUAUUCAAUUUCAAUUAUUACUUGGUCAUUUGAAAUAUACAUGGUUUAGCUUAAAGUUCUUAACACUGUUGCUUGAUAACAUUUCAUUGGCGUUGUUCCGUCCACCAGGCCCCUUUCCAGAGCUCUCUCCAAGCGGCUCCCCGCCACGCUUUCCUCCCCCACGCCCAGAGCGGACAGAGGUUCUAUCACCACAGCAAGUAACCGUGGUUACCUGCCCAAACUACCUUUACCAGGAGUUCUUAUCGUUGAGAUUUCAAAGGCUUCUAGAAGACUGGAAUUAUGGGACAGUAAACUUGGUUUUUGAUGGUUGAUUGUAAAGCCCAAACCUACAGGCUUGACUUUGUAGUAAUAUUUAUUGUAUCGUUUAUUUUGUUAGUGCUGUAUUACUUUAGUUUUAGUGGCCUAGAUGUUCUAGGAAACUUUUUCUCCACUGUGAAUAGUAUAGUGUUAUACUUUCUCAAUUUUAUUGUGUGUUUGGAUGUAUUACCUCAAACUAUGUCCUCAAAAUAAAUAAAAAGCACACACCA